AUGUCAAUCUCGGGAGGACGGUUGGCCGCAGAACUAUGCUGUGCUCUCAUCAACGAGCAUUUUGGUUCAACCGUCAUGCAGGUUGCUGAAGUUCUCAUCAAAGAGCCAGGACCUCUCCCCGCCAUCGGUUGUAGAUUGCGAGGAAAAGUGAGCUUGCAUAAUAUCAAAAAAGCUAUUGUAGUCUUGGAACAGUUUCAAAUAGUGAACUUCAAACUUGAUUCAUCUAUGAGAGUUCAAUACUCGAUUGAUUUUGAUCAGAUUUUGGGUUUUGUGAAAAGUCCCCGAUGUGCUUAUAUCAUGAAAACGUUAUACGGAAGUGCGGCUGAGACGAUUUUCUUGGAAAUAUUCGCUAAAGGACGCCUUACGUGCUCGGAAACUCUUAGAAGAGUCACAGAAACGGCCGACUUCAGUGAAGGAAAUCUCACAAUAGACCAGUGUAAAGAAAUUUUCUGUCGUCUAUCUGAAACUCAAUUUAUCAAACGUUGUCCUCCAAUUAAAACUAACUUGAGAGGAUGCCCACUUUUCGAAACCAGUUAUGAUCCAUUUAUAAUGCCGGAUAAAAUAUUUGAAAUUAAUCCAUCGGGAGCUGUCAAAACCACUAGGGAAAGUUUGAAGAGAAAACAUGGUCCAGAUCAUGACGAAGACGUCUAUUGGUGUAUCAAUUGGACAAGAUUUGAUAGAUAUGUCAGGGAUUUCAUGGUCCUUGAGCUUGUUAUGCCCAACAGCGAGAUUUUACAAGAGAAAUCUGAGCAACUUUGUAAAGAUACUUUUUUUGCCUUACUAAAAGCAAAUGAAACUCGUUCUUCAUCCAUAAAAGCGGCUAAUAGCGCCCAUGUAUCGGUUUUUGAUAUUCUUCGUUACGCUAAAGAAAAUAAUUUGUCUCUCGAUAAGAACGGUGUAGACUGGGCUUUAAAGUCUUUAGUAGAAGAAUCAUCGGGAGUGUUGAGAAAAGUAGGUGAUAGCAGCGGAGGUCUUUUUGUCACAGAUUUUGAAAGAGCUAUUACACUAUUAUGUCAGAAUCAUAUCGAGUCUCUCAUAAGAGAACAGCUCGAUACAAAAGCUGUUAGAAUUUUCCGUUUAUUGCAAAAUAAGGGACAUUUGGAGGAAGAACACAUCGAGAAGUUGACAAUGAUGAGUUCGAAAGAGACGAGAGAGUUACUUUAUGCGUUGCAGGAGGAAGGAUAUAUUUUCACGAGACCUUUCGGAAAAACAAAUGAUUUCGCUCCAGCAAGAACCCUUUAUUUAUACUACGUAAAUUUGAAACAAACAGUUCAAUUAUUGGUGGAAUAUACGUGCAAGACUUUGAGAAACUUGAUGUUACGGCGACAACAUGAGUACAAGGAGAACAAAUCUCUCUCAGAUAAACAACUAACUAUUCGAUCUAUUUCUGAAGAAAUUCGUGCGGAUCCCAAUAAAGAUGAAUUAACAAAGCAACAGGAAAUAAGUGAAGUUCAAGAGACGUACAUGCCACCUGCUGAUAAACUUAAAUUUGAUCAAUUUUUGAAGUCUCGACUUUUGUUAGAGAGUGCCGAGUGCGAAGUAGAGAAAGUUCUUUUGACUUUCAGAAUAUUCUUAGACCUUGAUUCUCGUAGAGUAGCGAGCUGA